GCCACUUGGGGGCUUUGGGCCCCCUCCCAUCACAUGAUGCAGCCGGAGAACAUGGCGCAGGCCUAGGCAAGCCAGGCAGGUGGGCGCAGCGCGGGGUGGCGGCGGCGCGCCGAGCAGGAGACCGGCCGGGCUGUGCAGGGAUUCCUGGCCAGGGGGCCCCUUCGCUGCCAUGGUGAAGAUUUUUGUCGGGGGGCUGUCUCCAGUGGUCACGGCUGAAGAGCUGCGCAAGCUGUUUGAGCAGUAUGGCCAGGUGAACGAGUGCGACAUCCUGAAGAACUUUGCCUUUGUGCACAUGGAGAAGGAGGAUGAGGCGCACCAGGCCAUCAGCUCCCUCCACAAAAGCGAGUUCUUCGGGGCCCACUUGACCGUGGAGUAUGCCACCUCCAAGAUCCGUAAUGCCACCAAGAUCUACGUGGGCAACGUUUCUGCCAAGGCCACCACUGCCCAGAUCAGGCAGCUCUUUGAAAGGUUUGGCAAAGUGGUAGAGUGCGACAUCGUGAAGAACUACGCCUUCGUGCACAUGGCGAAGGAGCGGGAAGCCAUGGAUGCCAUCUUGAACCUGAACGACACCCCCUUGGAGGACCAGAAAAUCUUUGUCACCCUCUCAAAGAGCAAUGGCUCCCUCCGGGCCACUAAGGGGGCUGCUGUACCCACCCCACCGACCCCGACUCCGAGCUACUAUUUCUCUAGGGGUCGCAUUCCCACUCCUGCCACGACAUACACUCCCUACUGCCCCAGGGCUUGGUACGACAGAGAGUAUUGUGACCGCUACUCCUACGAGCUCUACGACCGGGCCCGGGCAGCCUACGACAGGGCCUUGCCAUCCGCAGCACCCGCCACCCCAGCUGCAUACAGGGAAAGAAGCCCAGUGGGCAGGCGGACAGCAACCUCCACCGCCGUCAUGGCCCAGUACACUGAUCCUUAUGCUGCCGCUGCAGCUGCUGCUGCUGCCGCCGCCGCCAACCAAACAUACAGCCAAGCCUACAGCCAGCCUGGGUAUGCAGCCGCCGCUGCUGCCGCCGCCGCCACAUACUCCCAGUACAGCAUUGGCACCGCCUACAAUGUGGCGGAAUACUACGAGAGGUAUGCCAGUGCCUACGCUGCCCAGUAUGCGCAGACGUUCUGACCAUGGCCCAUCCCAGCAGUAAGUGUUCAGAGGUCGUAGGUUGCAUGCCAGGUGGCCGAGGUGGGGGAGGGCAGAAGGAAUUACUCAUGGGAAUUCUAAUCAGUGCCUGGAGCAAGCUGAACAGUGCACCCUGACCUCUCUCUACCCUAUUUCGGUAAACAUGUGGGAGAAAAGGUGUUUCCCGAAGUGCAGUGGAUGGGCCAUCUCUUUGCUGGUCAAUGCAUGCAUGCACAUGCAGGGCCACACAUUGUGUCCAAACUGUGUACGUGUAUAUAUGUAAUAUGUACAUCUAAGUGGUGUAGAUUUCUUUGCAGGCUCCUCCGUGCUUGUGCGAGGUAGCACCGAAGGCAAGGCUCUGAGACCCCCUUUGCCGACCAUGCUCUAACCUGCGCUGAUGUUUUAACGUCGGCUUCCUUUGAAGGUUGGUGAUGCUGCCUUUUGGUUCACUGCUCCUCCUCCCCCUCUGCCUUCCCCUCUUUCCUCGUUUUAUUAUUUUUUCCCUCCUCCGCCCCCUCCCCUGAUUUCAUCCGGUCGUUACCGUAAAGCCUGCUUUGAAGAGCCGCCUCGCCAACCCCGCCUUGCGAACGAACCCGAAGAUAAAAUUUUGCUCGUAAGAAAACGUGUCCGUUUUUGAACUUCCUGCCCAAAGCGACAGGCGCUUGCAGCCUCAGUCCACUCCGCUAGCUAACCGUUGCUUGCUGCGUGUUGCGUACCGAGCUCUCGUUCCUGGAGCAGAGCCGAGAAAAGCCACGAGCUCCGUAGCCAAUGAAGCUUCCUUUGCUUUCGCUGUAUUACCUGGGUACACCUUUCUUUGUAUAACUGGUGAACAGAGUUUGUUCUUGUUGCCGCAACUUGUUUGAUUUCUCUUUUUUCUUUUCGUUUUUAAAAAAUUGUUGAUUAUUAAACGGCUUUUACAGAA